AUGGCGGCAUACUACGAGAAUUCGCAAUCGCAAUGGCCUCCCGCUCCUCCUCCUCAGGUCGGUGGCGGCUGGGAUCACCAGACCCCUCCUCCCGCGCGGUCCGGUGCUAGUUCGGUCAUCCCCCGCGAGGAACCUGCGGCGUUUUCCCACCAGCUCGAGGAGGUUGACCGUGCCAUCGACAACCUGCUCAAGAGCGGGAAGAUGUAUGGAGCGCCUGGCGUGGGUGGUCGUCAUCCCCGUGCUCCCGGCGGUGGCCCCGGAUCCCGUCCCCACUCCGUGGCCGACUUUGGUGAUGUCCGCGGCGGUCCUCCUCACCAGAACCCGACCAACCUGCAGAACUUCUACGCAUCGCAGCGGCACCAGACCUCGCGCGGCUCGAACGAGGCGGAGCAGAUGAUGCAGGCCAAGAGGAGAAUGGCUGCUCAGCGGGAGCGUGAGCUUCGUAAUUACCAUCAGGAGCAGCAAUACAACCGGACUGCCAUCGUCGAUCCUUCUGGGUUUAACAAGCCUGACCGCACCUUGAGCCCAAACAGCCUGCCUGAGGAAGAGCGCCGGAAGCUUAUUGCUCAACAACGCCAGGCACUGUACGGCGAGGGUGAAUUUCCUGGUGGCCCCCCUCUUCCCCAGGCUCGCGGCUUCUAUGGCGGGGGUCCCAUGUAUGAUUCCGGCCGUGCUUCUUUGGGCCAGAUUGAUCCCAGCGCCCAGGGUCCUUUGGAGGGCGGACAGGGACUUGCAUCUGCCGGAGGCAACGACCAGGCACGCGCCAACAGCAACUCGAGCCCUCAGUCGAACCCCAGCGGUGGAGGAAAGGGUAUGUACGACGCCCCUCUGGCUCAGCAAACGACUCGCACCAGCGCUUCUUCUCCCGGAGGGUCCCCGCCUCGCCAGGCCUCUCAGGGCGGUAAGCCCGGCCAGGGGUCUGUUGCUCCCAUUGGGACUCGCCCUUCGGUGAGCGGCGGAUCGCCGUCGAACCCGGCUUUGAACAAACGGUCGACGACUCCGUUGCCUUCGCCUUUGAGCCAAGGUUACAGUGUUGGGGGUGCUGAUGAUAACGGGGCGGCCCUUGCUCCUGCCUCGGCCACGGCUGAGACUGCUGGGAAUGUUGGACUGGGCGGCUGGGGUGGCGGUCGUGGUGGUUGGGGCAAUAGCAAGCCCCAGGCUAGCGUCUGGGGUUAAUCAGGUGGUGGAAGAUUUUUUUCCAUACAAACUGCCCUGCAACCAACACAACAUCUAGGUUUUUCUGAUGGAGUCAGUCUAGGGGGGGAUUUCUGUGCAGCUAUACACGCACAGCAACAACAACAACAACAACUACAACAACAAUACCACAGGACGGCGGAUUGGGGGUACGAUCAUGAGGCGGUUUUUCGCUGGUCAAAUGGGUUUUUAAAAAGGUGGAGAUCAAGACAUUUGGUGUUUUAUGGUUCUUGGCGUGGGGCAAUUGGGCAUUGUUAUAUGGGAAUCUGGCGGGAGGCGCGUCAAGUGUUACUUUUGGGUUGCACAGCAAACAUCAAGGGGGGAUGGAUGAUGGAUGGGUUUGGUGGAAGGCUGAUUGUGGGGUUUUGAAGGUGGGGGAAAACAAAAAAGAGGAGGAAACUGGGAUUUUUGUUUUUGUUUUGUUUUGUUUUGUUUUCUGCAUUGGUGGUGUGUUGGUGGUUGGUUGGGGUUUUGGUGGGCUCUUAUUCACUUUUUUUUUUACACUGAGGCGUCUUUGUGUGCUACUCUUGUUGUUACCUUUUGCUCAUGGUGUUUUCGAGAGGGGGAGGGAGGGGGGGUUGGUAUUUGGAAGGGUGGUAAGAGGAGGAAGGAACAAGAACAAAUGCACAUGGGGGGGUUGGGGGUCGGGAUUGGUGGGAGGUUAAGGCGGUGGUGUUAUUCUUGGGAUUUGUUUUUCCUAGUCUUGAGGGAGAGUGGGGGGUUAUUACAUCUUUUAUUUUUGCUUUUGCAUGGAGGGAAAAGACAUGCCUGAGGGGGGAAAAAAAACUUAGCUACUUUGUUAUUAUCAUAGUUGGCUUUGAGAGAAUUGCAAGCGGGUUUGUUUUUGAGUGUGGCUUUUGGUGUUGUUUGUGGUGAGGUUGUGUGGAGGAGGUUGAAGGGAUAGUGGGCAGUGAGUGGUGGAAGGAGAGAAAAGGGUGGUGGUGUAUAUU